AUGACCUACUCACUUCAUGUCACCCAGGUCAACAAAAUUCUACACUUUGAGCAAGUGCAAGUCGGGGGGGGGGGGUGUGCAGAUGUGAAAUCGAACACCUCUAUGGAAAAACAUGCAUUUGUGAAGUGUCUAGAACUGGUAAAGAAAGGAGGGCUUAGAGUGACACCGGUGACUACAGACCGGCAUGUGCAAGUUACGAAGUAUAUGAGGACACAAGAGCCCAUCAUCCCACACUUCUAUGAUGCUUGGCACAUCUCGAAAGCCAUCGAAAAGAAGCUGGCCGCCCAUACAAAGAAAUCUGGAGGCAGUGUACUCGAGCUGUGGAUUCAGCCAGCUACCCAUCAUUUGCAUUGGUGUGCAGCCAUGAGUGAUGACAAUCCAGAGCUGCUUACAUACAUGUGGAAGAACAUGGAGCGGCAUGGCAAUAUACACUCAGGGCAUGCAAGUCUGUACACACGUUGUGCCCAUAGUGACCUUGGGGAGAGGCAAUAUCUAGUUUCUGGUUAUUCGGCAACUGGCUCUUUCAACACACAGCUUCAGCUUGGAGUUCGUCAACAGUACCUCUGCUUGCCCAAACACUACGCUGACGAGACUUCUGGAAACAGCAAUUCCUCGGGAGAGUAA